UAGCUAAAUUUUCAUUGUCCCUUCAUUCCUUCUUGCGUUGAUACAAAGUUAGUAAGCAAAAAUACAAGAGAAUGAGUCAUUUUUGUAGCAUGGAUUCUCUUGUGAAGAUGGUGUUCUUCAAUUUCAUACUCUUCUUUUGUCUCGGGACAGCUAUGGCCGAACAGGGGAACUCCAUUAUUGAACCAUCGAGUAGGAAAGACUCGAUAAAUUGGGCUGGAUAUGGCGAAGAAAAGCUCUCAACGGUUGUGAUCAGUGGCAAAGUUAUUUGCCACAGCAAAGCUUCUAUGCAGACGAAUCCUAUUUCAGGUGCUUCGGUGGCUGUUUUAUGUGGCACCCCCGGAACGACAAGUAAAUCAUGGGCAGAGGGCACGACGGAUGAUCACGGGGAAUUCUUCCUUGAUCUUCCUUCCCAUCUUCAUGCAAUUCCAAACUUGGAAAGAAUCUGUUGUGUUAAAGUUCAUCAUCUGCCAGAGAGUUCUCCCUGCCAGCAAUCUUUCACUGAGAAACAUAAAGGUAUAAAACUGACAUCAAUUGGUGAAGGCAUCCGUACUUACACAACACAUAAUAUUCAUUUGGUGCCUCACAAGGGCGCAUGAUAGAUGGACACAAGACGAGAGUUAUGGUAGAUGUCAUGUAAGAAAAUGAAGAAUUGAGUUAACAAGCAGCUCGUGUGGAUGGCGCUUUAUUCGCAAUAUGAGUCGCCAGUGCGUGUAGCAUGGAGUGUGUGUGUGUGUGUGUGUGUUGAUGGGGAUGGGGAUUUAAAUAGCUUGUGUACACAAAAAUGUAUCUAGUUGUAAAAGAAACCGUACCUUCAAGCGAAAGGGAGCUGCCACAAGUUCUUCAACAUCAA